AGUGUAGAUCUAAUAGCUGAUAAAAUAAUAAUACUAUUUAAAGCGGAACGAAGUACGUACAUGAAGUAGCUGUUUUCAAGAUGGCCAGUGAAUCUAACCUUGCACCAGCAAGCGAGCCAGAAGGUGAUGCAAAUGCACCAGAAAAGGGACAGUUCCAGUACAAACUUGGACCGUUGACUGUCAACUUGAGGGUGCUUCUGGAGCCAAAAGGAUUUCUCAGGAUCAUAUUGCUGUUUGUAGCUCUAUUAGCAUUUGCUCUGACAGCUGGCUUCCACUCGUCCGGUGACUCGAACUCAGUGACAUGUACGAGUAAUCAGACUGGCCUGCCCAACUACACAGCCGCAGUGGACUUCACGUACCCCUAUACGAUCAACAGCUAUUCUGCUCGUGUGCUCACUUCUGACAAUUUCACCAACAAUAACACACAGUGCCGUGGAGCAGGAUCGAUGAAUGUGCUACUGGCCAGCUCCGCCCAGUUCUUUGUUGCCAUGGGAGUGCUCACUAUGAUCUAUGCGGGGGGUGCUAUCGUGGUGUACAUGUUAUUCAUCACUCCAGAGCUGUACCUGGCCAAGUGGAUUGUCAUUGGGGAUUUGUUUGGGACUCUUCUAUUUGGUCUACUCUACACGAUAGCGAGCUUGGCGUGGUCGGUAGGGGCUGCCGAACUCAACACUUAUGUGGCCUCCCUCCUCAACAACUAUGCUGCCAACUGCCUCGUGUGUAGCGCCUCGCUGGGUCUCAUCAACGCCCGGACCCAAUCCUUCACACAACUAGUCAUCUCAGCAAUAUUCGGAUGGCUAGCCUCGUUUAUCUGGCUUGCUAGCUUGUGGUUUGUGUACAAGGACACGGUCUGGCAUAAGGACGCCUCUGGCCCACUGGCCGCCCUCUACGAACAUCAAGCCAACAAGAAAGCGUCCAAGGAAGGUCAAGAUGAGAGAGGGGAAGGCGAGGGAGAUCAGUAGCGUCACAAACACUGAGACUUCUUUUAGAUAUUAGACCUAUAGUAGAUUUUUGUUUUUCUUGUGCUACAGUGGUUUUCCUUACUUUGCAGGCUAUAAAGAGCACUGCAACCACAAUGUAGUAAAUAUAGUAUUUUGGUUGGCUUCUGUUAUGAUUGUUAGUAACAAGCCAACAAAAUUA